CAGGGGAGAGGCCAGCUGCGCAGGUAGCAUAUUCUGUGUGGCAUAACGUCCGUGCUGUUCAAAACGUGGGGAGAUACGAUCAUAGCAGGAUCUUCCACCACAGUGAAUGUGUUUUGACGGUUGUGAAAAUCAGAACCAUGGUCAGCUAUCGUGUCUUUCUCGUGGCCGUCGUCGUCCUGACGGCUCUGACGUGUGUCGUACAGGCAGUAGAAGGGGAGACGAAGAAGAAGAAGGAAAGGGAGAAAGGCAAAGAAAGGGGCGAGAAGAACCGUAAAGACCGGAACAGACGCGUGCGUCGACUGGAGCGGAGGGUGGCGGGCAUUGAGGGCGAACUUCUGCAGCAUGUCACGGCACUCCGAGCCGGUAUCGGGGAGCAGAAGGAACGGAUGCAGGAGGUAGAGGCCCUCCUGAACCUGCAUGGCGACGAUGUCAGCAGUCUGAGGGAAACUCUGGUCAAGCUUCAGCAAGUUCACGACCAGAUCUGGCGCUCUCUGGCGACGUUAGAGAAGGGUGCCCAAGAUCAAACUAACGUCGCGAACGAGAGAUGGGAGGCGCACCACCGUCAGACUGCCCGCGUUGACAGCUACCUAGAAGGGCUGGAGACCAAACAAGAAGAGUUUGUCAGCCUGUUUCAAGCCAGGUGCGACGCGCAGGACAAGAGGCUCGACGGUUUGGACGUCUAUAUCAGAGAGGCUGGCGGUGGGGGAGGGGGGUCGGACGGCGAGUCGGGGGACCUGUACGCCAGGCUGGUCAUGUUGGAGGCGGCUAUCGACGGGCUUAUCGUGCAGUUUCACCAGCACGUGCAGGACGGCCCGGAGGGAGCCCGCAGCACAGGCGUCACCUCUUCCACAGGCGGGAAUGUCGUCACCAAUGCACAGGUGGAAGGCGCUGUGGCUGUUUUACAGGACGAGAACGCUGCCCUGAAGUCCACCAUCGACCAGCAGCAACGAAAACUGGACAAACUUGAAGAGCACGUUUCCAAACUGUACAGAAUGUUCGACGGAUGUCACUGUGAAGAUGCAAAUACGGGACAGUCGGAAACAGAAUCAAACAGCAUUGGUGACACGCCCGUCACGCCCUCUACCGGAACCAUACGGCCUGACAACCACCUGUCGACCCAGGGAAAGGAAGGCGUACAGCAGGACGAGUCUGGAGCAGAGGGUGAUACCGCGGAACAACCACUGACACAGGGUACCCAAGAUGUGGAGCUCACCACUAGACCUACACCCGUUAAGGUCACCACAACUUCCAAACCAUCGACGACAACAGAAAGCUACAAGCCCCAGGCCCAGUUUGCUCUGGACUGUGCCGACCUGUACCACAACGGCGAGCGAUCAGACGGAAUCCACUCCAUCACGGCCCGGCUGGGGAGGGAGCGCCGUCCCAUGGACGUCUUCUGCGACAUGACCACGGCCGGAGGUGGCUGGACCGUCAUCCAGCGGCGGCUGGACGGCUCCGUCCUCUUCAACAGAACCUGGCACCAGUACAAACGCCGCUUCGGGAAGAUUCGGGGCGAGUACUGGCUCGGGUUGGACAACAUGUACUUCCUGACGAACCAGAGAAAUUAUACCCUGCGCAUUGAUUCCAGGGACAUAACGGCGCCAAGUUUUCCACCAUAGACCAGGAUAACGAUGAGACGGACUACCACAACUGCGCCGCGCUGAGGGGUGACGGCUGGUGGCACUGCGGCUGCACACCCCGCUGGACGCCCGUGUUCGGGAGCUGCAGCAUGGACAGUUUUGAGUGCGGAGGCGCCUUCAUCAACGGCAAAUACCUGGGCAACUGUCGGAAUCGGGAGGACUGGCGAGCAGAGUUCUACGGCCAGACGUGUUGUGGGUUAGACGACUGUUGUGGGUGGUUGGAGGGAGUAGUGUGGUACAAAUGGAAGAAAGUUGUCUCUCUACUAAGAACAGGCAUAUGUACUUAACUUCCUUGAUUAUAAUAUGAUAAAAACGCCCAAGUGUCCAAACGCCAGGACAUCUGUGAACAUCACCAUGAGUAGGAAAGGACCAAGACAGCAGCUAGAAACUGUGGCACAAAAAUGACACCGACCUAGCUGUUUUGUCGUGUCGGGCAGAUCACUUAGCAGCUUCUAGGACAAUCCAGGCAUUGCCACAAGACUGCACACUGAAGAUUGUAUCAGAUGUGAUAAACAUUAACUGUACAUGUAGAUAAAUCAAAACGAGUACAGACACGCAUGAGCAAUUUAAUUGCCAUUGUAUACUAGUAGAAAUACUUUGUCUAUCUUUAACCACUUGGGACGGGCUUUUGCAUCGUGCCAGACUGUAAAUAAAGCUCACAGUAUCUGUAAAUAUCACCAACAUGACUGGUGUACUAAUAAUCUAUAAAGAAUUACACUUCCGUCUAGAGGUUAAGAUUAUUCCUGGUCAUUACACAUAGCCAAUAAAAAUUAAUCGUUAAUUCA